UAUACAAACAUCACUUGCCCAAAGCAGAAGAUAGUUUGUGCACAUGUGUGACCCCAGGACUGAUAAUUUUUGUUUCCAGCCAGGUCUUAAAAUACAUACCUUUGCAAAAUGAACAGAUAACAGAAGCAGAGGAUUGAAUGCCACUACAGCUAAAAGGGAAAUUCCUAACCCACAAUCAAAUGUCUAGCCAAGCCCUCUAGCAGACAAAAGGUACAUGCCCUUUUGUCUGUGAUGAAUAUUCAUGACAAAGCCAGUCUGGUUUCCAAUGGAGACAGUAAACACACUGGGAAAACCCAAGGCUCUUGGGGUGUUUGGUUUCAGCUGCACCAGCAGAACAAAAGCUACCGUAAUGCCGAAAAGCUCCCCGUAGUACUAAGCUACAACAACAAGCAAGCUCUCCUUACACAUCCAGUGGGCAUUCUGGGGAUUCCUGAAGCAAUGUGGGUGUUAGAAAGUGCACAUCAGUGUGGCUUGAGUUGCAGGAACAAAAGCUUGCUGCGGACAACUGAUAACUCAGAGCUUCCAAUAGCAGCAUCUUUAGCUUAGAAAAAUAUUACCAUAUGGAAUCUUGCCUCCAUGCAGUGCACAGAUCCAGCUUCUCAACACAACAUUGUUAGGCCAUCCAGUAAGUGUGCACAAACCCAAACAGGAAACCUGCAGAACCUCUUCAGACAUGCUGCGUGCUGGACACCAGGGUUUCAAUGUGUUUCGCUUACCUAAUCAAAUGCCUAAGGAAAAAUGCUGGGUAAGGAAAACUCUGAAUGUUUAGGACUUGCUAGCACCUGGCCAAGCUUCUUGGGGGUUGGUGAUCCACUAUUGCUUGGCAGAGAAAAGCUCCUAUAGGAUGGGGAGCAGAGCAAAGGGACUCAGGAGGACAACCUCGGCAGGCUUCCGGUCACCGGCUACCAGCCCUGCAGAUGUGAAUUUAGCCUCAUCCUCAUCUCCUUCGCUCAGCAGCAGCCAAUCUGCAAGGACUCUACUGGCUACCACACGGAGCUCGGUGAAACAAUCGAGCAAAGGCCAUGGUGGAGAGGAGCAAGAAGCCCUGAAAGCAGACCAGGUCCGGCAGGACACAGUCUGGAGAGAGUUUGUGGAGGCCGAAAGGAGGGCAACAAAAUAUUGGUACCGGAACUGGAGUUUUUUAAAGGACUACGACCCAUUGGGCAAGAUAAAAGAACCUGAGCAGCUUCCUGAAUACAUGUCAGUUUUCUCAGACAAAAUUCCCAACACCAGCGGACAUGUUAUUGGCAGCAGAAUGAACACAGAUCUCGGCAAAACACUAGUAAAAAUGGAUUACUUCCUCAACUAUGGAAGAAGAAAAAAUAAACUUGGACAGGAACUCCAGGCUUCCUAGAGUCAGAAAAAAGAAUUCUACCCCCUUCUAUUAAAAGAGGAACUACUGCUCUAACUACAACCACCUACAACCAAAAACAAUAACAUACUUUCUCUGUCUCUCUAGAUGCCAUAUUUCCAAAGGCUAGUGGAUGAUGGUUGAAAUUCUAUCCAAACAAGGCAGUGAUUUCAAAGUGGACACCUGAGAACAUGAAUACAGGUUCCAUUUAAUAUUUUUAGUUUCAACUUUUUAAGAAGUUAAUGGAGCUGAAUCGCAUUCCAAAAGCUUAAUCUGUGCAGAGUUAUGUUAGAGAACCAGGAGGUCUAUCUUUACCAAAUCUGUCAUAAUUUGGCAGCUUAUAUUUUCUCUACGAAAAACUAAGAGCCGUCUACAUUAUCUGCCAUCAUUAUAUUAUAUUCAUUGCAUCAAAGAGAACCAAAACAACUUUCACAGUGACCUGUGAAAGGACGUGAAAUUUAACAGCUAUCCAAGUGAGAAUUUCUUUAGAGAAAUGAUUCCAUUCAAGGUUACAGUUUGUUCCAGAUUUGACCUUGCAUUCUGCAUAAGCUGUUGUGGGGAGCAGAAUGCAGUCGUGACCUCCUAGCAGACAGUGCUGGCCUGAAGGGUGCCGGGCAGCUUCCGAGCAGAUUGUUAACAAAGCAAUUUGCAAAGAUUUUGUACAAGAUCUUCAGAGCAGGGAGAACCAAAGCUGUGCUUUCCCGAUGUUUGCUGGACCCCAAAUCCCAUCAGCCCCAGGCAGCAAGAAUAAUGGGAGCUGGAGUCCAACAUCAUUUGGAGGGGACCCUGAUCUAGAGUCCUAGGACAUUAUUUGAAGGCCACCACUUUGCUGAAGGUAAGCAGAUCUGGAUCAGCCCAAUGCCUGGAUGGGAGACUGACUGGGAAAUAAGAGUCAUGGAAGACGGGCUGUACAAUGAAGGGUGAAUUUCUCUCAAAUGAAGACUGCAUGGACUGCUUCUAUGUAUCUGCAGACUUCAGCACCUAUUGACUACAACUUCUCUUUACCCUACAGUUUAGCUCCUUUAUGAACUAUCACCAGUUCGCCAUCUUUCUUAUGCAAAGUGGUCUAGAUUAACAUUACAUAGCAAAGAUCUGGUGGUGCCAAACAGGGGGUGCUUUGACUGUACAAAGGCAAUUCCUCUCACUGGGAAAACGUUUCUGGACAGGUCUGUGGAUGGCCAUACCCAACCAAAGACUAGGAUAGUCCCUGUUGUGUCCAGUGCUGGAAGUGGAUGUUUAAGAUUGAGCUGAAGGCCUGAUGUGCAAUGGCAGCAGAAACUGACCUGUUGUCCGGAUAAGGACAGAAAGUAAAGAUCCUGGAAUCAAUAAUGUCAAAUUAAGGAGCUUAAGAACUCUGCCCUAAGCAACUUAAAGGAAGCUGUGUUGGUCUACGAAGUGGGUGGGGGAAUAAUAUACACCUUCUUGAAAAUGAAUCUAAAAGCUGGCCUUAUAGCAAUAAAACCCAGCUUAACUUCUUGUACUUUUUAAUUUCUCCUCAUCCCUGCCCUGCACUUUGUGUAACGUCUUGACAGAUGAAGAGUUCAGGAGAACGUGAAAGCUUGCCGCUAUGUUACAGCAUUUUGGUUGGUCCUAAUAAAGAUAAUGCCCAACUGUGGGUUUUGAAUUCUAUUCUCAUUCAUCCACUUCUGUUCACACAUGAAAAGGAAGCCUGGGAUUCCCCCCACCCCAAGCACCUAAUUGCUGGUAAACUACAGAAAUUAUUGCCUAGGAAACAACUGGAAAGUAGAGGAAAAUAGAGAGUCAUAAGGGAUUGUUCGGCAGAGGUUUUACAUCCUCCCAGUCCCUGCUGACUUAACUGAUUGGACCCACUAGGGAAGAAUUGUCACUGGCUUCCUGUUGCUGAAGC